AUGGCGCAGAGCAUCCCAAUGCCCCGCCGCGCGCCGACGAGCGACAACGGCUCCCUCUCCCCGCUGGCAAAGUCCCCCCCGUCGGCCAGCACGAUCGAGUACGCGUCCUCGGCUCCCAUGGCCAAGACGAUGCACGCUGCCGACGGGACUGAGGACGAGGCCAUCCCCUCCCACCUCUAUGCCAAGCUCCCGCCCAACUUCCUCACCCGCGGACCGAAAGGCGACGUGCCGGAUUACCUGAGAAUGAUCCUUAUGUCCAAGGUCUAUUCCUCCCCCCUCAACCUCGUCGAAACACCCCUCAUGUACGCGGCCAACCUGUCCAAGAAGCUCGGAUGCGAGAUCUACCUCAAGCGCGAGGACCUGCAGCCCGUCUUCUCCUUCAAGAUUCGUGGCGCGUACAACAUGAUGGCCUCGCUCUCAGAAGAGGAGAAGCGCAAGGGUGUCAUCACUUGCAGCGCCGGCAACCACGCGCAGGGUGUCGCACUCUCUGGCCAGAAGCUCGGCAUCAAGGCGACGGUCCUGAUGCCAACAUCGACACCUAGCAUCAAGGUCAACAAUGUGCGGCGGUACGGCGGCAACGCUGUGCUGCACGGGGACGACUUUGACGCCGCCAAGGCUGAGUGUCUCCGCCGCUCCGAGGCCGAGGGGUUGACCUUUAUCCCCCCAUAUGACGACCCGUACGUCAUUGCGGGUCAGGGGACUAUUGCGAUGGAGAUCUGCCGCCAGAUCAUGGACCCUAGCACUGUCGACGGCGUGUUUGCUGCCGUCGGUGGCGCAGGCUUAGUUGCUGGCAUCGCGUCAUACAUGAAGCGCGUGGUGGGUCCCCAGACGGCAGUGUAUGGCGUUGAGACGCCCGACGGUGACGCGAUGGACCGCUCUCUCAAGGCUGGGCACCGCGUCCUCCUCCCCGAAGUAGGCCCCUUUGCCGACGGUACGGCUGUGCGCAUUGUCGGUGAAGAGCCGUUCCGCGUAUGCAAGGAGCUCCUCGACGGCGUUGUGCUGGCCGACAACGACGAGAUCUGUGCCGCCAUCCAGGACGUGUACGAGGACACGCGCAGCAUCCCCGAGCCGUCGGGUGCGCUCGCCCUCGCCGGCCUCAAGGGCUACAUCAUCCGCAACAACCUGCAGGGUAGUGGCAAGACAUUUGUCGCGGUCGUCUCUGGCGGAAACAUGAACUUUGGUCGGCUUCGUUUCGUCGCUGAACGCGCCGAGAUCGGUGAGGGUCGCGAGGUACUCAUGUCCUUCCGCGUUCCCGAGAAGCCAGGCAGUUUUAUCAAACUGCACAGCUACCUACUCCCGCGUGCAGUAACCGAGUUUUCGUACCGCUACAACUCGCCCGACUACGGCUACAUCAUCUGUUCGUUCUACCUGAAGGGUUCAUCGAGUCGUACUGGUCCGCCAACUCCCACCGAACGCCAAAAGGAGAUCAAGGACAUCAUCGCCGACCUGGCCAAACUCGACAUUGAAGCCGCAGACUACACUGAAAACGAGUUUGCCAAGAGUCACCUGCGUCAUCUGGUUGGCGGACGCAGCACGGUCGCGCACGAGCGUCUGUUCCGCUUCGAGUUCCCCGAACGUCCCGGUGCAUUGGGGCGUUUCUUGAGCGUCCUCAAGCCGAAUUGGAACAUCUCACUCUUCCAUUACCGCAACCACGGCGCUGAUGUCGGUAAAGUCCUAGUUGGACUCCAGCCCCCGCCUAAUGGCGGGAACGGGGGCUCGGUUGCCGACUUGAAUGCGUUCCUUGCCGAGCUCAACUAUCCGUUCGUAGAGGAGACGGCCAACGUCGCGUACCGCCGUUUCCUGCUCAACGGGACGCCUUAG